AAUCUUUCAUUUCUGAUCGACACGAAAGUCGUAAGCAGACACUCGCACAGCAUGGCAGACAGUGUGUGUAACGCCAAUUUUGACGAUGAGGAUUUGGAAUUUAUUUCGGAGGACUCCGAAGCAUCUGAAUAUAGCGAUCGUGAAAAUGAUGGCCACGAAGUAGCUGCUGCUACAGCCGAUCAUCAUUUAAAAAACAAAGAAGAAGAAGCAAAACUGGAGGCAGACUUUGCUGCCGAUACUCACGGUGAUGACGAAGAUGAUGAUGAUGACGACGAUAAUGAUGGACAAUUGGCGAGGGGUAAAACAAUUCACCUUCAGCAGACACAGACAUCAAAGAUUGCGAGGACUGGACAGCCAAACUAUGGUUUUGGCAAGCGUUGGUCGACAUCCGAAGAUGUUUUGCUCAAACCGUUGGUGGAGAAACACGGUGAACGCUGGGACAUUAUUGGCACACACUUUAAAGAUCGGCUUAACCAACAAGUCGAGCAGCAUUGGGCCAAAGUCAUUAGUCCGGAGCUCAUCAAAGGCCCAUGGACUCGCGAUGAGGAUGAGAAAGUUAUUGAAAUGGUGCAACGUUUUGGGACCAAGAAGUGGGCACUAAUUGCGCGAUAUGUGAAUAGUCGCAAUGGCAAACAGUGUUGGAAACGUUGGCGCUAUCACCUUGAUCCCAAUAUCAAGAAGACCGCUUGGAGCGAGGAGGAGGAUAAGAUCAUUUACAAUGCUCACAUCAAGCUGGGAAAUCAGUGGGCAAAGAUUGCGAAACUUUUGCCAGGACGCACAGAUAUUGCGAUUAGAAAUCAUUGGAUGUCAAUAAUGCGUCGCAAAUAUAAUGUUGAGCAACGAACGGUGAAUACGCUAACAGCGGGCGAUUUGAAAAGCUCUCGGACGCAUCUCGUCACUACGAUCAAAUCCGGUGGCAUAGGGGGCAUUGGUGCCAAGCCACAGCAACAGCAGCAGCAACAACAACAGACUGGUCAUGGACUGGUAUCGAUAUCAGCUUCGGCGCAAUCGUUUUUGCAAUACACGGAUCUAAAGCUGGGCCACAGAUCAACACCCAAUAUCUUGAAGCGAUCCCGCAAGCAAAAUGCUGAUGUCAACAAUGGGCAGGCAACGACACAACAUCCGUAUGUUGAACCCAAGAGCGAAUAUAAAAACAAGCAGCCCAAAUCGCAAGUUAUAACGCCAUUCAAAUCAUUACCCUUUUCGCCGAGUCAAUCCCUUAGGUCACCCUGUCUGACCACAUUCGAAGAUGUGAACUUGCGAGCUAGCACGCCUGUGUCUAACGUCUAUUAUCGCGUUGGCAUUGAAGCACCUCAUAAAAACAGAUUGUAGAACAGCUUAAGAAGAAUGCUUUCCCUCUGCAGGUAUAGUUGGGCUGCGGACUCCAACUCCGUUUAAGAAUGCUCUCGCUGCCAUUGGACGCUCCUAUAUUUCCUCAAGCCCGUCGAGUCUGGUUGAGGAUCUGGCC